GAAGAACUUUGGCGUUUAGUUUUUUUUAUAUCAGACACAAACAGGAGUUUUGGGGAUGAAACGUCUUCGUGGCAGUUCAGCAGCAGCAUAGAGGCAGUAAUGGAUUUCUUAAAUGGGUUCCACAUUGAGGCCAGUGGAUGGUCAGUGUCACUCAGCAUCUUCUUCAUUUUUCUGGCUCUUCUUUACUGGUAUUCAGUCCAUCCUUUUUCAGUUCUCUCUCGGUAUGGCAUCAAACAUCCAAAGCCAGUGCCGUUCUUUGGCAACUUGUUCCUGUUUCGCCACGGUUUUUUCAAACCUAUCACUGAGCUCAUAAAGACACAUGGCAGAGUUUGUGGGUAUUAUUUGGGCCGGAGACCAGUGAUUGUAAUAGCAGACCCCGACAUGCUCAGACAAGUUAUGGUCACGGACUUCAGCAGCUUUCCAAACAGAAUGACUAUUCGCUUUUCCACCAAGCCAGUGAGUGACUGUUUGCUAUUUCUGAGGAAUGAACAGUGGAAACGGGUGCGGAGCAUCCUUACCCCAUCAUUCAGUGCUGCAAAGAUGAAACAGAUGGUGCCCCUCAUCAAUACAGCCAUUGAUGCCCUGAUGAACAACUUGAAUGUGUUUGCUGAGUCAGGAAAGACUUUUGACAUCCACAAAUGUUUUGGGUGUUUCACCAUGGAUGUUAUUGCAAGUGUCGCCUUUGCAACUCAGGUGGACUCUCAGAACAAUCCAGAUGAUCCAUUCGUCCACCACGCUAAGAUGUUUUUCGCCCUUUCUUUCUUCAGGCCCAUAAUUUUGUUUACCAUUGCUUUUCCUUCUCUCAUGGCUCCUAUAAUAAGAUUCAUCCCAAACAAAACACGAGACGUUAUGAACCAGUUCUUCAACUGCACCAUUCAGAAGAUCAUCCAGCAGAGAGAGGAGCAGCCUCCUGAACAGAGACGAAGAGACUUCCUUCAGCUGAUGCUGGAUGCACGAAGCAGUGAAGACAGGGUGUCUUUGGACCAUUUUGACACAUUGAAGCAUGACGAUAUCCACCAGAUCUCCGCAGAUCAGCACAAUGAACGUCCCCACCAGCAGGAGCUGCCCACACGGCGUUCACAGAAAAAGAUGACCGAGGAUGAGGUUGUGGGACAGGCUUUUGUCUUCCUCAUUGCAGGAUAUGAAACCAGCAGCAACACAUUAGGCUUCACCUGCUACCUGCUCGCCAUCCACCCAGAAUGUCAACGCAAAGUACAGGAGGAGGUGGAUCUUUUUUUCACCAAACAUGACUCACCAGAUUACACAAAUGUCCAGGAGCUGAAGUAUUUAGACAUGGUUAUAUGUGAAGCACUACGUCUCUAUCCUCCUGGGUUCAGGUUUGCACGAGAAGUUGAACACAACAGUGUGGUGAAUGGUCAGUUCCUCCCUAAGGGAGCCAUUGUGGAGAUCCCAGCAGGCUUCCUCCACUACGACCUAGAACACUGGCCAGAGCCCGAGAGCUUCAUCCCAGAGAGAUUCACACCGGAGGCUAAAGCAAGUCGACAUCCAUUUGUCUACCUGCCCUUUGGCGCUGGCCCUCGUAACUGUGUGGGAAUGAGGCUUGCCCAGCUUGAAAUGAAAAUGGCUCUAGUGCGUCUGUUCCACAGGUUCAAAAUUGUGGCCUGUUCUGAGACCAAGGUUCCUCUUGAAUUGAAGUCAUCCAGCACUCUCGGACCGAAAAAUGGGAUAUUUGUGAAAAUUGAAAGAAGAGACUCAGGAGGAGGUGAUGAGAAUUCUGUUUGAGGCUCAGAGAAGCACAGGAAGUGUAGUGGAAAAUGCACAAUGGAAAAAUUUUGCCUUUGGUUGUACAAGCACCAAAUUUGGUAUGGUGAUUCUCAUGAUAUUACUUGGCGUAUCUGGUCAAUUGGUCACUUAAAAAUUGAAGAUGACAGCCAUUUUCAAAGAUGGCUGCCAAAAUGACCUUGUGAAAAUCACUUAUUGCAUAGAGUUGUUCCUAUAUGAUCAAGUACAAUGAUAAUGUUGUCAAAUUCCAUGUUACAUUUUGUUUUGUUUGCUAUUUAUGAUGUUUAUUAUGUUUUAGUUUGCUUAUGUGCCAAAUUAGAGUGAAGUUUAAUCUUUAUGAUUUCCACCCAACACGUGUUUUGAAAGUGUUCAUUUCUUGAAACUACUGCAUGUUGGCCUAUUCCAAGGUGUUAAAUAUAUUGUGUUAUUGUUAUCUCCCUGGUAGGAAAUAUAGGGGGAGAAUAUAGGGCACCGCAAUCUCUUUUGAACCCUGCGUGAUAUCGCGGGAUUUGACCACUUAUGGGGACAGCCACUCUGGUGUACCAUUUUAUUUUCAGCUACAAUCAAUCAAUCAAUCAAUUUUUUUAUAUAGCGCCAAAUCACAACAAACAGUUGCCCCAAGGCGCUUUAUAUUGUAAGGCAAGGC